UUGUGGGUGUGUGAACUCUGGUGUUCGUGAGUCCCGACCGCAGUGUGCGGGCUGGGGCCCGGUGGAGGAGGAACCCACCCCCGGGGAAAAGCUCUCUCGAGGAUAUUUUGGGGGGAACCUAGCUUUUUGGGACCCCACCAAGGCAGACGGGCCGCCCCUGCCCCAGCCGGGGUGAGCGCGCGGGGCUGGUUUGUUUGGUUUCAAAAGUGCACGUUGCUAACCGCCGGCCGCCCCCCCCCCCGCGGCGCUCUGGCGGAGCGGGGGUGGGGGCCACUGAGAGUGACAGCUGCGGGUGGGGGCAACGGGAAGGGCCUGGAGUUGGAAGGGCCCGGGAGUCCGCGCGAGUUCCCCUUUCCUUUGAAACAAAGGAAAGUCUGUCUCUGAGGCAUCUGUCACUCCGAGGCGGGCCAAGGAAGUGGGGCUCGGGGGUCCAGCGACCUGAAGAAAGUUUGUGCGCGCGGGGACCCUCGGGCACGCGGAGCGUGAGCCGAGCCUUCUGCGGGGGAAGCUCUCAGCCUCCGGGGCAGGGGGCGGCCAACAUGGAGUCUGGGCGCAGGGCUGGGGGGGGCGGUGCGGAGGUGGGAGCCCAGCCCCCUCCUCUCCCCUCCCCCUCCGGGCCGAAUUCGGAGCACAAAGCGGAGCGCGCAGGCUCGGCCGGCCUCGAGCCCCGGAGAGUCAGCCUGCGCGAAGCUGCAGGGGAAGGGGGUGGGAACCAAACUUUUUCCUACCCCGGGACGGACACGUGAGUUUUCUUUCUUCCAGAGCCCCCGCCCCACUGGAUUGCUGGCCCGCGGGCUUUCCUGAGGUCCAGCUUAGCCCCCCGACACCAUGUCAGACAGUGACCUGGGUGAGGACGAAGGCCUCCUCUCCCUGGCAGGCAAGAGGAAGCGCAGAGGGAACCUGCCCAAGGAGUCGGUGAAGAUCCUCCGGGACUGGCUGUACUUGCACCGGUACAAUGCCUACCCCUCCGAGCAGGAGAAGCUGAGCCUGUCUGGACAAACCAACCUAUCUGUGUUGCAGAUCUGUAACUGGUUCAUCAACGCUCGGCGGCGGCUUCUCCCAGACAUGCUUCGGAAGGACGGCCAAGACCCCAACCAGUACACCAUUUCCCGCCGCGGGGGCAAGGCCUCAGAUGUGGCCCUCCCCCGCGGUGGCAGCCCCUCGGUGCUGGCUGUGUCUGUACCGGCCCCCACCAAUGUGCUCUCCUUGUCUGUGUGCUCCGUGCCACUCCACUCGGGCCAGGGGGAAAAGCCAGCAGCCCCCUUCCCACAAGGGGAGCUGGAGCCCACCACCACCAAAUCCCUGGUGACCCCUGGUAACACCCUCACCCUGCUGACCAGGGCCGAAGCUGGAAGCCCCACAGGUGGACUCUUCAAUACACCACCGCCCACACCCCCAGAGCAGGACAAGGAGGACUUCAGCAGCUUCCAGCUGCUCGUGGAGGUGGCGCUACAGCGGGCUGCUGAGAUGGAGCUUCAGAAGCAGCAGGACUCGUCGCCCUCAUUACUGCACACUCCCAUCCCCUUAGUCUCUGAAAACCCCAAGUAGGCGUCUGCCAACAGGGGUGUGCAAGGCUCAAGCCAGCUGUUCUGGGUUUAUGUUUUGGUUCCCUUUCAUACAGAGGGUUUUCUUUGGAUCACUGCCAAACAUCAGGAUCAUCUCCUCUGUCCCGAGGUCUUCAGCAGGAAGACACCAGGCGGUGUUGCUGCUCUGUGAUGGGGACCUCUCCUCUUCCGACUCUGCCGUUUCUGCAGGCCUCCCCCAGUGAGGAGACUAAGAGAGUGGAGACAGGCAUGGUGCUGCUGCUACUUCUCCAGAGAAUCCGCAGGACACCUUUGUCCCAGCCUGCUUUCCUGGGCUGGGCAUGGAAAACCUGCCACGUUCAGACCUGUGCUGGGUCCAAGUUGCUCCUGAGCCGGCCUCUCUGUUAAGGCAAGUGUGGACAUUCCAAGUUCAUAAGUGUGAACAAAAGGAAAGAGCAACCCAGUAGAUGGCACAGAACCGACUCCAGUUGAAUGUUUAGGUUUUUGCUCAACUUUGUGUUCAUUUUCCCCUUUUUGCCGUGGUUUGCAUUCAUGGGGAAGUUUGCGUUGUGUGAUGGAGUCUGAUGAACUGGGAGUGGUCCACCGUUGCAACAGGUGAUUGUUUUACAAGGAAGGAGUAUUUUUAUUUUGGGGACCAGCUACAUCUCUGCAAAAUUCCAAAUGGUUGUUUUAUUGUUGGUUUGGUUUACCAGGAAAGGAGAGGAAAAUGUAUAUAGGCUUUGGCUUUUCUGCAUCAGGCAGAAAGGGGAAUAAACCCAAAGCCAGAGAAAGUGGCCAACAGAGAAUCCGACCAAACCUUCUAGGCAUAGAGCAGAGAAUGAUGAUAAAAACCGGAGAGGUGUUUUUUUCUAUUUUUGUUUUUACUGUACUUUUGGGGGGUGGGAGAAGCUAGACUGAGGCAGUAGGGUUUGUUUUCUUGUGGGUUUUUUUUUUCCUCUUUAAUGUUUUCCCCUUUAUUCUUGAAAGCUUUGCCCUACAGCCCCGAGUUUUUGGAUUCCUUUAGGAACUUGGAUUAGUGAGGCCGGAAUGUCAAAAGCUCCAUCUACUGGCAGGUUUUCUCACAAUGGUGGCAGGAAAGCAUUCCUGGAGGAAGCAGGAAGAGCGGCCCCAGCUGCCAGCGGAACAGAACUGCCUUCAGAGGCAGCUGGGGCUGGAGAGCGGGAGGCCUGCCCCCAAGAGUGUCUCUGUGUUGCACCUUUCUUCACACUGAAGUUGCAGAGGCCCCGGCCCUGAACUUCACAGUGGAACAGAUCACAGUUGGUCUUAUCUCCUCCCUCCCACUUUUUUGUUUCAUUGCCAGCUGCGUUCAACAGCAAUAUACCCCAUCUUUAUAUAUCCUAAGAAACACUAAUCCUAGGUUAUUAUUAGCCAAAAUAUUUUUGUUCUGAUUGACAUUGUUUCUGGGCCAAAAGACAGGUCAGAAGCCCCAGCCUGUGGUUUCCUUACGUUGCCAAGUCCAGGCACAAGGGGGAAGAGUGGCUGGAUUGUUGGCUGCCUUGGGAAGGCCUGGCCAGGAGAAAAGGCAGAAGCAGGUGUUCAAUCGCCAGGGAAGCACCCUCACUUCUGAGUGGGCAAGUUUCCUAGGCUCCUUUUUGCUGCCUUCCUCCUCCUGUGCCCUCUCCUUGCAUGCCCUGGGUGGGUGGGAAGGGGAUCAGGGAUCUUCACCCUCCUGGGGCCCAGCUGGGGAAGGAUGAACACGGCAGCUUCGAGAUUAGUCAGUGCUGCUGUUUGCCCAGCCUUUCCACCUUACCAAUGUCUGUGAGCCCAGGGCCGGUGUGACUGUUGCAAGAUGCUUGUAGCAGGAAACUCUGGAAGUGUGUCGGGCUGGGAUGGGACUCUUCCCACAGUGCACUGAGUAGUGGAGGUGCUGGGGGUGUGGGAGCCAUGCUGCUGGAUUCUGGUUGGGUCCCUCCCCCCCCCCCCCCCCAUGUGCAAGAUAGGGAGGCUGGGGCUGGUCAGCCUCUGCCUGGUUUGGUUGUGAGGUAAACUGGGGGGAGAUUUAGCACAGUUAUCCCAUUGAGUAAUUUGAGCAGAAAACUACUGUAAAUAAGUUUUGUUUGUGUCUUUUGUCAAAUAAAGUUGUUUUGGGUUUUGUUUUA